UAUUAUCAAAAAUUACUAAUAUAUUUAUUUAUUUCUGCAAUGUUUUUGCAUCGUCCUCGUGCACAGUAUACGUAUGCGUGUGCACGUAUAGCGUUACGAAGCUACUUCUUUUUAUUUUAUAAUAACAUAUAAUGACAGCAAUAUGACAAAACGCAUAGUUUGAAAGAGAACUUGCAAAAAAAUAAAAACAGGAAGACAGAAGAUUGUAUUGAGAACUUGAUUCGAUAAACACGGCAAAAAUAAUUCUUUCAGAAUUCUUUUCUUUCGCAGAAUUUCUUCAAAUCAGCAUAUCAAAAUUAGCAAGAGUCGCGUUAAUUGCGUUUCAUUUUCGAGUUUUAUUUAAAAAAUUUGAUUAUACAACAUUAUGAAUAAAUAUAAAAGCAAAAAUCGUCUUUUAGCGGGGAUGCAUAACUAUAUACUAUGUGUCAUAGACUUGACUUAUCACAAAAAUAUCUUUAAAAAAAGAAUUGCGCUUCCAUAAUGACUCAAUAAUCGGUAUAAUUACGAUACAAGGUUCCGAUAUAAUUGCUUGAAUGGAAAGAAUACCGAAGCCAGCUAAAUAUUAUUUUUUUAUUAUUGUCAUUACGAUUCUAAACUAAUACUUUUAUUUAUUUGUCUGUUUAAUUACAUACUGAAAUUUUCCUGGUUUCUUUUAUACAAUUAUAUAAAUUAUCAAAUACUGCAGAAAAUAAUUGUAACUUUCAUAAAUUCGAUCAAGCUAUAAUUUCUGAGUUGUUAUCAAGUCAUCAAGUCAAGCCAUCAAUAAUCUUCGUGCAGCAACCUUUUAUCAAGAAACAUGCUUUUAUUCACAUUUCAUUAGCAUUGAAGACUAAAAAAUGCAUUUAAGUGCGUGAUAAUAAUCGAUGACGAUAAUUAUGAUAAUUGGAAAACACUACUCAAGAUAUCAUGAAUAAUUAUCACUUCGUGAUUUAACCAGAUAAAACCAGAUGUGAUGUUUUAUCAAAUAUUCUAAACUAUUGAAAUAAACUCGGAUACAAUUUUUUCUCUUUGUCUCGAUUUUGCAGAUUUUUUAAUGCAGGUAUUUAAAUAUCCAAAACGCUUGAACCCAAUUUGAUCGAUGCAACGUAAUUUUGAAAAUUCAAUAAGUUCUCUUUGCGAAAAAAUCGCGAGAUUAAAUUUCGAACAUUUUACUCUGCUUUGAUUAUGGGAACUAUUGUUCGAUUCUUAAUGAUGAAUUGCGAGCGAAAAGCUACGUUGGCCGCGAGAGCUACCAGACCCGCAAUAGAUCAUCAGCUGUCUUUCGACAAAUCACCAGGACGACCGCAGACGCUCGCUUGUUAGCACAGCGUGAGUCUGUCGUGCGAAAUUUCGCUGAAAAGUGAAGCUCACGCGAGCGAAUAGCCGCGGCGCGAACGCGGUGUAACCGUCGUUCUCGAGGAACCCAAAACCGCAUCAACCGUGGAUCACGCAAGCGAAGCUGGCCAAACGGCGGUCACCAAGCACCGGAAGUCCCGGCGCAAGAAAGCGAAGAACGCCGCCGUCGCCACCGCCGGAGACUCCAAAGUGCGUUCCUCUGUUUUCAUGCACGCGUGUAGAAACGUGAAACUCUCAUUCUUACGUUUCUUCCCGUUUGCAAUUUUGCCCCCGAAUCGUUUAUAUUUGCUUCUCGAAUAUGAAUUUUUCAAAGACCGUUGGUUAAAAUAUUGAGUUAACUAAAUUUAAAUUUUUUUUAAUUCUUGAAAAAAUGGCCAAAGCUGUUUAAAUUUUGGUGAAAUCUGAUAAGAUAUAUACUUUUUCAGGCGAAAAAAAUGGCGAAUACUUGUACCGAAUUCCGGAAGGAGAUGCACAAAUCCUACAUCCUGCCGGCAAUGCAAGCGGCGCCUUCGUACUCUGUGACAACGUUACAAACUCAGAAUGGCUCAAGCACCGCGAUGCGGCCACGAUCUCUUUAUACCGCGCACAAUUAUCAUCCUCAACCUGAGGAUCCUAACUUUCAACGAUACAGCGAGCUGUCCAAAUACUUCGAGCCUCCGACCGAGCAGUGGAGCGGCCUGGGCGGAGGGAGUGCGUAUUCAGGAUCGGUGGCGCUCUGGCGACAAGCGAGGAAGUCGAUUGGCGGACCUUAUUACGUAGCCGACGAGGCCCCAGUCUACACGGAAAACUGGCGGGAGCAUGACGCUGACGCCGGUGUCGGCGGUGCCGUCGCUACUCCCCACGGCACCAUAUCAUUAAGGCUGCACAACAGGAUACGUGUGGAUAUGACGGUUGAUCGUGCCGUCCGGGUCAUCAAUUUCAAGAACAACAUAGUCCUGUCGCUGAGCGGCUCCGGCGCGGCCGCCGUUCUGUUGCACCCCAACGGUAGAAUAUAUCAGUACGGUUCGCGGGUCGAGAUCGUCGCUCACGACACACACGGCAACAACAAAUACGCGAAGAUGUGGUACAAGGGAGUCAGUUUCACGUCGGAGCAAUGCGCGCUUGUUUAUCUGGUAGACGCGGCUGGCACCAGGACCACGACGGACUCCUUCUCGGACAUGAGUCAGGAUUUUUCGCUGAGCAUUUUCUAUUCGGGCUCUCGUCAUGGACCAUCGUGUCUGCAGGAAGCUGCGGCACAUCUUAACACGGCUCAGUACUGGCAAACGGAGGAAGGAGUUGAGAAUUGGAUCAUCAAUAACGUCAGAGUGUCGCAGACUCCAGAUGGCCUCGUCAGAAUUGCGCGAAACAGCAACAAAUAUCAACUGCGUACCUCGCCCAGCAACGGCACGGCGUCGUUGACGACACCUUUUCUGCACUGCACGGCGUCCCUCGGUCAGACGUCGCAUCUGUUCGUGCGCCGUGGCGAGCGUCGCUUGCACUACGACGGCACCAGCUUCAUCGUGAGAAACGCAGGUCACAGCGCCGGCUUCGACGACAACAACCAGUUGAAGGUUUAUUAAGAGCGAGCUUCGUGAACGACUCGACUUCUCCGUUGGAGUUCGCCUGCGAAACAGCAUCGGUGAAUGCAGAGCCAACUCUGAUCGUCAAACCGCUCCAAGGACGGGAACUUCGAAUCACCUUGAGAAACGUAAAAUUCUCAGGAAUUUUCUCGAAGAUCCCCCCGAAAUACUGAAAUCUUUCUGCGCGCAAUUCUAUUGCCGCCAAAAUUGCAUAACUGUCUGAAAUUGUGGAAAGCUUCUUCUUAUUUGAUGUCAUUAAAUUAUGCGAAACAUAAUUUCGGCUUCACAUUUAAAGGCCGAACAUUAUAUUUUGAGAUUUUCUAAACUUUUACGGGUACGUGAUUUUGUGUAAUUUCCAAAGUGAUUCGAGAAUCUCUUCUCCCUUCUACGGUGGGCUAAACUUUUUUAAAAUUUGCACGACAGAAAGAAAGAAUUCAGUAUUUAUCAAUAUUUGUAUAAACUCAAGAAAGUUCAGUUCAAAGCAAUGGUUUAUCUGAUAUUAAGAAUUCGUGUAGGAAUAAAUAAUGUUGGAAAAAUUGAAA